AUGGAUGUAAGCGCCCCGCCCUCAAUAUCUACUACCACCUACCUCAAAAAUCGUCAUGGUAUUUGCUUCAGUGCUAACAUUUACUGGCUCAAGGUCUUUCACGCAUACACGUACGCAACAGCAGGAUGGCUUUCAUUGCAGAGCUUGCCUUUGAUGGCUGGGCCAAGUAUGAUCGUAGCCAUGCUCUUGGAUGAGACUCGGCCAGCCAGUAUUAUUGAGGUCUACUUUGCCCGAAGUCUCGGCUUCAGCCUCAUUACCGUGGCAGUAUUAACUGCAAUGCUGACGGGCUCGAUUCCUCUGACUGCCACCAUCGCAGAGGGUGUUACUACCGAGGACUCGGAUCCCAGAGCUCCUUAUGCCCUGCCAACUCUCAUGGUUACUUCGCUGUUCCACGCAACUUCGGCCUUUUACACAUACACUUGGUAUGCCACUGGAGGGCAGGGCGUGUUUGCGGUUGCUUCAGUUGGAAACUCGGCCUUGGCUUUUGUUGGACUGUGGUGUGUGCUUUUUGCAAGCAGCCAUGGCAAGAUUAGUCGUCGAACAGGUGCAGAUAAGAGAACAGCUGGGUUCCCGUUCUCCAACAAGGAAGCCGACAAGAAGCGGGUUGGAAAGAAGGGCAUUUAG